CAGGCGUCGACUAAAAAGCAACUCGCGAUCAUAUCUCAGUUGAUACCGGUAAACAAAAAAACUAGUGCAUUAUAGUUAAUCUAACAAGUACAAUGUUUUCAUGGAGACAAGUGACAGUGUGAAAAACAGUGACGCCGAAAUGAAUUUCAUUGACAUCCUACACUUAACACUGACACUAAGUGCCACAUUAGUGUCCCGCGUGUCCCCGUGCGAUCUCGAACAAUUCUUCAACGAAAGACAAGUGAGCGUCGAGCAGAGCGUCGCCUCCUCAGAGAUCGUUUUUCGCGGCGUCAGCGUCGCAGAGGCGGACGACGCCGAAACCAGGAGGGACAUUUUCACCGCCUCCUUCGACCUGAUCAACACCUACAAGGGGGCGAAGACGCUGAGUUCGUGGAUCACCAGCGAUUUCAGGUGGCUGAACGUGACCUUCCUUACGAGACCCGCUCCCGAUUGCAUCGACGGCAGCGGCGUCCCUCGGGAGUACAUCGUUUUCUGCGACCUAGUGAACGGGGAGAUCAGAGCCACGUCCGUGGCCGGAUGGGACGAGACCGCAGACCAGAGGGUGUGGGCGGCUCUUGGUUGGGGUCAAUGGAGUGAGUGGUCUUCCUGUAGCGAAUCAUGUUCUUCAGGUAUUCAGCAAAGGAUACGAUAUUGUCGUUUGACUGAAUGUCCUGGAUUCAAUGUAGAACAGAGGCAUUGCAAUCUCUUUGGUUGCGAGGAAGUCGUCAACCCGCUGGCGCUAGAGGGGCGGCAGUUCUUCCACCCUUCGAAGGACCGGUGGCGGCCGGUGCCGGACCGGCCGACGGCUUGGCGGCUGCGGCCCAACUCCUACAUUUGGGUGCCGUCGGCGCAGAUCUUCCGGAGGUUUCCCGGAGAGUUCGUUCUCUUCGUCACCGUCAGGGUGCAUAAUGACACAAUGGGCACGGUGUUCAGCCUGCGAUCGAGACGUCGCCAGGACACGUAUCUGUCCCUGGAAGUUGCAGGACCCGAUCUGAAAGUUAUACACGCAGCAGCGAACGGCACCGAUGUCGUCAGGAUACCAGCCAGCCUGGAUGACGGACACUGGCACCAGAUUGCCAUCAGUUUUCGAGACGAUAGCAUCGUAGACAGCUAUGUUGACUGCGAAUGGUCCAGAACCGACAUUCUCAGAUCCCACACGCUCGAUAUACCAGAAGAUUCCGAUCUGAUAAUAGGUUACUUGUUUACGGGAGAUUUGGAGCAACUAUCGAUAGUACCAGAUCCCAAAUUGGUGAGUUUACAAUGCGAAUCUCUCAAAAUACCAAUAACCGAUCCACAAGUGACAGAAACGAUAGGAAGGCUUGAAAAGAUCCCCAGCAAAUACUAUGUGGAAAAGCAGCAAAAGGAAGUGAAUGAAAAUCAAUUAGAAGAUUAAGGACGAAGUUUGUUGAUCACAAUAUGUGACUAAUUCAAGGGAACACCUUCAGAAGAAUAGUUUGACAUAUUUUAUUAUAUAGAUAAGUUACAAUUUGGAAAAAAAUUAUUCAAUAGUUCUUUCUAUAUUUUCCAUAUUCCUUACAUUUUUAAUGUUCACUAACUUCUGUUACUUUUCGAUUUUCUUCACAGGUGAUAUUACUACGAGGACUAUAAUGCUACUGAAUAUAUUACCUCAAUAACGAACAGUAAAGAUACAGAACUAGAUAUGUUUAUAAUAUCAUCCUGAUCUAUUUUAUUUUCCAUAUUCUCAUCAACAAUACAAUAUUAUGUAUCUUGUACCUGCAGGACAAUAGAUCGUUUUGGCACUAGUUAUUUGUAACACAUUUAUAGGAUUUAUAUUCUCUCUAGGUAAAAGACAAUAAGUUCUGAUAUCGUGCUGGUGUAUGUGAAUCAAAACAUUUAUAAAAUAUUUUUAAAACUGUCUAUUCAAAAUGGUGUAAGAAUAUUGCUACCUUAGCAUCAACAUCAAAUUCGAUAAAUAUGCGGGAUUGUUCGAACACAGCCAUCUUUCUUGGUGUUUAUUCGUAUCCCAUAUGUUAACAUGGCACCAAAUUAUGUGCUGGUAGCCAGAAUAGCAAUAUUGUUGUACUGGAACAUGAAUUUUCAUAAUGUAAAUGAAGCAGAAUAAUUAUUCAAUAGACUCGCGAAAAUCG